CAGGUGGCGCUAUAGAGUGUGAAGAUGGCCAACGCUGUGGCUUCCUACGACCAGCUGGCCCAUCAGGUGGAGGCUCUCCGGAAGGAGAAUUCCCACCUGAGACGGGAGCUGGAGGACAACUCCAACCACUUGUCCAAACUGGAGACGGAGACGUUCGGCAUGAAGGAGGUGUUGAAGCAGCUGCAGAGUAAACUGGAGCAGGAGGCAGGAACCCUGGCUUCAUCUGGGAGGAGUGACGUGCUGCACCAACUCAAAGAGCUCCACAUGGACCUUACCAACUACUAUGAACUCAAACACCAACCACACAAUCUGAGACUGUUGACAGCUGGUCUAGGAGGGGCGGGACUAACGGGUGUCUCAGGUGUAGGAGGAGGCGCGGGGCCAGACGAUCGCCUGGCUUUGCCUCCAUCUUCCUGCUCCUCCUCCUCUACCGUGGCAGCAGUAAGCAGAGCCAGGAGCCCCCUCCGAGCGGCAUCUCGUCAGAGUGUGAUGUCUGGCGGGGAGGCCGCCGCAAUUAUGAUGCCGCAUCACUUCCUGGACGGAGCCCCGCCCAAGACAGCUGUGAUCAGUGGAGCAGAUGGACGACUGAGUGACCAUCACCUAGAGGAGCUGUACAAAGAAAGGAACCUCCUGCUUGGGGAGAUUGACCGGGAGGAGCGGGAGCGCUGCUGGUACUUCAGCCAGCUGGAGGCGCUAUCACAGAAGCUGGCUCAGCUACCGCGCAUUGAUACGUUUUCUCUGCAGAUGGAUCUGAUCCGCCAGCAGCUGGAGUUCGAAGCUCAGCAGGUUCGGUCUGUGAUGGAGGAACGCUUCGGCACCAGUGAUGAGAUGGUGCAGAGGACGCAGAUGCGUGUUGCCCGCUUGGAGCAGCUUGAAAAGGAGCUGCAGGAGGCCCGAGGGAGUCAGGAGACGCAGCUACAGUUGUCUGGAGCUGAGAAGCCUCCUGCUGGAGAACCGGAGAUCAACAGCUCGUCAUCAGCAGCAGGAACAGAAGCGGCAGACGGAGGCAGCAAGGUGGAGAUGGUCUUCUGGCUGCUCUCCAUGUUGGCAAACAGAGACAAGGAGGAGAUGUCUCGGACUCUUCUGGCCCUGUCCAGCUCUCAGGAUAGCUGCAUCGCCAUGAGAAAGUCGGGCUGCGUCCCUCUCCUCGUCCAGAUCAUGCAUGAAGCUCCCAGUGGAAGUGGAGGUCCUGGGGAGGCCGCAGCAGGCAGCUCUUCUAUUGGCUGCAGCCGCGAGGCCAAGUCCAGAGCAAGCGCUGCCCUCCACAACAUUAUCUAUUCUCAGCAGGACGAGGGUCAGGCCCGCCGUGAGAUGAGGGUCCUACACAUGCUGGAGCAGAUCCGGACAUACUGCGACAGUGGCUGGGACUGGAUCGAAAGUCACGCAACCACACCUUUACCUGGAGGAACUAAAACUACAGAUAUUCCUGAACCUGUGGAUCCUCAGAUCUGCCAGGCUAUGUGUGCCAUCAUGAAGCUUUCCUUUGAAGAAGAGUACCGACGAGCCAUGAACGAGUUAGGUGGUCUGCAGGUGGUGGCAGACCUGAUCCACCUGGACCAGGAUAUGUAUGGCAUGCAGAACGACCCCAUUAACAUGGCUCUGCGCCGCUAUGCAGGGAUGGCUCUCACUAACCUCACCUUUGGGGAUGUCGUCAACAAGGCCACCCUGUGCUCAAAAAAGAGCUGCCUGCAGGCUCUGGUGGCUCAGCUGGCCUCCGACAAUGAGGAGCUUCAUCAGGUGGUCUCCAGCAUCCUGAGGAAUCUAUCCUGGAGGGCCGACAUCAGCAGCAAGAGGGUCCUGCGAGACAUCGGCUGUGUGUCUGCUCUGAUGACCUGUGCCCUGCAGGCCACCAAGGAGUCAACAUUAAAGAGUCUUCUGAGCGCUCUGUGGAACCUGUCGGCUCACAGUAUCGACAACAAGGUGGCGAUCUGUUCAGUUGAUGGCGCUCUGGGCUUCUUGGUCAGCACUCUGACGUAUCGCUGUCAGACUAACUCACUCGCCAUCAUCGAGAGUGGCGGAGGGAUCCUGAGAAAUGUGUCCAGUCUGGUUGCCACACGAGAGGACUACAGGCAAAUCCUCAGGGACCAUAACUGCCUCCAGACUCUGCUGCAGCACCUGCGUUCCCACAGUCUGACCAUAGUCAGCAACGCCUGCGGGACUCUCUGGAACCUUUCAGCCAGAAGUCCGAAAGACCAGGAGCUGCUGUGGGACCUGGGUGCAGUCAGCAUGCUUCGCAACCUUAUCCACUCAAAGCACAAGAUGAUAGCCAUGGGCAGUGCUGCAGCUUUACGGAAUCUCCUUACCAAUCGACCCUUGAAAUAUAAGGAUGCUGCAGUCGUAUCCCCUGGCUCCUGCAUGCCCUCGCUCUAUAUGAGGAAACAGAGAGCUCUGGAGGCAGAGCUGGAUGCCAAACAUCUAGCAGAGACCUUUGAUACUCUUGAAAAGCAGAGCCCCAAGCAUUUGACCCUCAACAAGCCACUACGACACAUUGAGAGUCUGGCAAAGGACUAUGCCUCUGAUUCUGGUUGUUUUGAUGACGAUGAGGCCCCCAACCUCUCCAGCAGCCUGGAUACUGGUAGCUUCUCCAUGCUGUCUAUGUUUCUCACCAACUCUAACUUCGUGCAAAACCAGCCUCGUAAGAGGGACAGUGAACCUGAGCGAGACAUAGACCCUCCUCACAUGGUGGAGAAGAGGCACUCUGCUCCUGAUGAUGUGGUCUCUGCUGCUGCAGAGAAGCUAGCAAAAAAGAUCACUAACACAGUUGCUAAAAUCGACAGGCUGGUGGAGGACAUCACCAUGCACACUUCCUCUGAGGACAGUUUGAGCCUAAGCUCUGAGGACCACCUGGCAGACUGGCCUUAUGGGAUUGAUGAACUCAAUGAAGCCCGGGCAAAUUCAUGCUCCCCCUGCCGGCUUUCUGAUACCAGCAGUUUGGCCCAAAGAGAACGUCUCAGCAGAGCCCACGCCCUCUUACGCCUUAAAACCACCCACACAAGCGUGUCAACAGACAGCCUGAAUAGUGGCAGCACUAGCGAUGGCUACUGUGGGAGCAAAGACCAGAUACGACCUGCUCCAAGAGCUUUAAUGAUUCAACAACGGCCUAACCAGCUUGACCUCAAAGUAGCUCAUCAAGAGUAUAUCAAUGUGGGGCCUACUGUUCAGAAUGAGACUAACCAGCAGGAUAUUCCAGAGAGAGAUUCUGUGGAUAAUAAAGACAUAAAAGAUGUGGAGCUCUGCAACCCAGAUGCAGAAAAGAAUCAAGACCCACCAGUACAAACUCCUGUCAGUGCAUCCACUAAAGUGUCCUCUGAUGUCAGUAUGACAUCAAUUAAAUUGUCUCCUACUUACCAACAAGUCCCACUUAUUCAGAGUGUGGCCAAAUUUGGUGUUGCAAAGACGGCCAUCAAUGUCCAGGCUGCACAAGCAAUGAGGAGGCAAGCCUGGGUACCUACUGUAAUGACCGGGGGAAGUAUUACAAAAUUUUCUCCAGUCACUUCCACCAGAAGUCCUACCAUCGGGACAAUGGAGACGGUCCAGAAAUACUCUGUGGAAAACACUCCUAUUUGCUUCUCCCGCUGCAGCUCUCUUUCAUCCCUCUCCUCCGGUGAUGGAGCAUUGGAAGGACAAAGUGAGAAUGAGUUGGAGAGUGACUCAUCAUUAGAGAUCAUUGAAGUGGAGGAUGGAGAAGUAGUGAAGAGAACCAAAGAGGAUGAAACCUUAGAGGAUUUGAGUGAUAGUCAGCUGCUGAUGACUGACUCAAAAACCUUCUCCAGCAAAGAGACAAAUCCCAUUGAGAUCCCUUGUACUGCUAAAAGAGAAAAGGUGUUUCUUAGGGGAGCUUCACCAGCCAUAGUUGAAGACAGAUCUCCAUCCAGUUCAUCUGAGAACUACAUCCAUGAAACACCUCUUGUAUUAAGUCGCUGUAGCUCAGUCAGUUCACUGGGCAGCUUUGAGUCCCCAUCUAUUGCCAGCUCUAUUCAAAGUGAUCCGUGCAGUGAGAUGAUUGAUGGAACAAUAAGCCCUAGUGAUCUUCCAGACAGCCCAGGACAAACCAUGCCUCCUAGCCGAAGUAAAACUCCAUGCUGUGUUGAGUCAGUUGGCCCAGAAACACAGACCAUGGGGAUAGCAGGGCAAUGGGAAAACAGCCUGCGUAAGUUCAUGGAGAUCACAGACUCCAAGGAGAGGUUCAACAUUCCUCCUGACCUGGACAUGAUCUACUUCACAGUAGAAAAGCCCACUGAGAACUUCUCUUGUGCUUCCAGCUUAAGUGCUUUGCCUCUUCAUGAACACUACAUUCAGAAAGAUGUUGAACUGAAAUUAACCCCCCUGCUCCAGCAACAUGACAAAACUCUCCCUUUGCCUGAUGAGGAUGAGCAAGGACUCGACAAUGGGGAGAGAUACAGUGAAGGCAACUCAGAUGAUGACAUAGAAAUCCUAAAGGAAUGCAUCAACUCAGCAAUGCCCUCAAAGUUUAGGAAGGUCAGACCUUCCCUGAUGACCAAUAUCCCUUCUCAUAUACUCAGUUCCCAGGCCCGAAAACCAAUAAAUCUGCCUGUGUAUAUGAUGCUCCCAAAUGGUAAAACUCAAAUGUGUCCUGGAAGGAGAAUUGUCAUCCCGCAAAAAGAAUGCAAAUUUGAUGAUUCAUCUUUUACCGAUUCUGCAGAGGGUACACCUGUCAACUUCUCCAGCACAACUUCGCUGAGUGAUGAAACACUUCGGUGUCCUCUGAAGGACAGGGGGGCUAAAGAGUGCACAGCCAAAGGCCUGAAAAAGCAGGAACUGAUUGACAAUGAUGCAAAGAGGAUAGAGGACUUGAGGAUAUUCUCGCACUUCCACAAACCCAACAAGAUAAACUAUUCACCUGAGAGACAGAUGAGUCGAACAACCAAGCAUGUGGUUCCCACUCAGAGGGUGCUCAUGCAGAGCAAAGAGGUAGCCGAUAGAGUGGCGAACCAAAAGAAUCGCGACCAGUCUCCAAAUCAGCAAAGAAGGCGCCAAGGUCAAGGCCAUAUCAGAAAACUGGAACUACCUAUCAUAAAGCAAAACACAGACGGUAAUCUCAAUGCAAGAGCCAAAAAGGAUAAUACAAUCUUUCGGCAAAUGACACAGUCUUCAGAGGACAGCAACAGCUUCUAUGAUGAUAAAAAUGAAGAAGUAAUCAAACGAACCAGCAGAAAACAGAUUAGGGACGCAAGCAGAAGUAAUCUCUCCCGAAGCAUGACAAACAUAGGCAGGAUAGAUAACUCCCAAGGAAAGCCUCGAGGUUUUCACAGGUUAAAGCAAAAUCUGAUAAGGGAUGAAUCCAUGGCAUGUUACUCACUCAGCUCUUCUCUUAGUUCACUCAGUGAUGCUGAAUUUGAGGAUCAAAAAUCAAAAGCCCAGCAAAUAUGGUACAAGAACAGACACAACAAAACACUAAAUAUGGCACAACAGAAUAAGUCUUUGACUAUUCACUGCCAAUAUGAAGAACAAAGUUCACCAAGCUCUGUCAGCAUGGAUUCAGAGGAUGAUCUCCUUCAGAAAUGCAUAACAUCUGCCAUGCCCAAGCAGAGACGCAAGACUCUUGCCAGGAAAAAGAAAGCAGAAAAUACUCAAAAACAAAAGACGUCUGAUGGGUGGGACAUGGAUGAAGAGAUGGAUAGUGAUGAUAUGGCAUGGGAUAACGAUUCAGACCUUAACAGUGUUGAAUGGAGAGCCAUACAGGAGGGUGCUAAUUGUGUUGUUACUGGGCUGCAGGCAUCAAAGUCUCAAGAGCCAUCCUCAGAAGAAACUGAGUCAGUCCUGUCAUUCAUGUCAACAUCCAGCUUCACACCCAAAGAAAGGAAGUUUGCUAAAGAUAAAAACGCAAAUAAGCCUCUAGACUUUGCACAGCGCAAGCCAGUUCCAAACUUACCUGUGGUUUUUAGAGGUAGAACUGUUAUCUAUACACCGAAAAAAGAGACAGCUCCAUCACAAAGACCUCCUUCCAGAAAAGUGCCAACCAAGACAGAUGCUCCAAAGAAUCCAAACCUUGCUCAACACAGAUCAAAGAGCCUUCACAGACUAGGCCGCCCCCAGGACAUAGAACUGUCUCUUCCAAAGAGGAGCUCUACUCCACCUCCAAGGAUACCAAAAAGUUCAUCCUCUGGAUCAUCACAGAGCUCUACACCAUCCAAACAGUCACAGAGAAAAAUAACAUCCCCAACGCAGUCAUGUAAGUCUGUCCAGAAAAAGACAGUCACAUCAGCUAGUAGCCCACCAGCUACCAGUCCUCCUGAGAGAAAGGGACGUUCUCCUGUUGUGAAUCAAAAUGAAAAAUCUCCACCUCCUAAAACUCAAAAGUCACCUGUCCGAAUCCCUUUCAUGCAGAAUGCAGUCAGGCAACCCAGACCUCUGUCACCGUUGGUGACUAACCAAACAUUUAACAGGCAAACCAGUCAGGUCAAUGGAAAGAGGGUGCUACCGGCCAAUCGAUUUGACCUGGUAAGGAUGACCUCUGUCCAUUCAAGCAGUGGUGAGUCUGACCGGAACGGAUUCUUGAGACAGCUGACUUUCAUUAAGGAAUCAAAGACUAUGUUAAGACGUGACGGAUCUGGACGCAACACACCAGGAUCACAGAAUGGAUCCCCCCGCAAAGCAGCUCCUGGAGCUUCAGCUGUCUUCCUUUGUUCAUCACGCUGUCAGGAGUUAAAGGCUGCAGUGCAAGCCCCAAGAAGGGUGCAAGUCAAGGAUUCUGGACGAGCACCGCAAGUCCAGAGGCCAAACCCUGGCCUUCAGAAGCAGACUACAGCCCUGUCAAGAGCAACAUCCAGUGAAAGGGAUCUAUCUGCAAGAAGACCAGCCAGGAGAACAAGCUCUGAAAGUCCCUGCAGGGUGGCUCAGCGAAAUGGGCCUGGCAGAAUGCCCGGGGGCAGGCAGCAACAGGACAAAGACACCUUUAAACGUCAUGCCUCAUCACCGAGCAUAAACAUACUGAGUCGAGUGACUAGCCGUUCUUCUCUGCGCUCAUCAUCAUCUGAUUCUAGUGGAAGAGCAAAGAGCGAUGAUGACACAAAGAAGAAAGGACAGAGAUCCUCAUCUCGCCACACUGAUGGUGUUACUUGGAGAAGGAUCAGAGAUGAAGAUGUACCUCAGAUUUUGAAAAGCACUCUACCAGCCAAUGCAUUACCUCUGGUGCCUUCUCCUGAUGAGGAAAAGCCAAAGCCACCAGCUCUUCCAGGGAAACUGCCAACUAUUCUACUUGCAUCUCGCAAGACAAGUGACGCAACUGUCCAAACAGAAGACUUUCCAAACAACAAGACCAACUCGAGCACCUCCCCGACAGUCGACACAGCUCCAGUGAUGUCUGAGGAAGUAGCAAGAAUGGCUCUCCUCAGAAAGAUUAGUGCCACCUGUGGGAGUAACCUCCAAGAUGCAGAAUCAGAUGGCUCAUUGAGAAGCCACAGCACCACAGGAACGUCAGACAGCCACAUUGGUGGAGCUGUUACUUUCCGCCAAGGAUCCCCAAGCAAGGCUGCCCGAAUCACACCAUUUAAUUACAUCCCCAGCCCCAUUACCUGCUGUCUGCAGGAUACACAAAUCCAAACAGCCACAAUCAUUGAGAAAUCUGGGGAAAAAAGUGAGUCGUAGGGGAUUUGUUUGUUAAAAGUCAACCUGGGUGGCUCAAGAAUAAAACUCAGCUGGACUCCUGAUAGACACAUGGGUGUGCUGGUCCUAUACCUCGGGUAUUGACUCUCUACCUACCCCAUACACUGCAUUCACAUUUUUCUCUUUAAACAGCUGAUGAGAACAUCAGUUGACCAUUCAUUCAGAGUUGGAUGUAUGCAUUGAGAGCAGACCACAAAAGGACUUUUAGAGAUGCCCUUCAGAAAAAUUUCUCACCUGAAAAGUGCAUCUUUUUGUACUCUUUUCUUUUUUUUCUUUUUUUUUCUUUUUUAUUUGUAGAAUAACCAUUACCAGUUAGAAAAAUACCUAAAAAAUUAAACAAAAGACAAUUAACUUGAUUUCAGCACAUAAAUCAACAUCAGUCUCCUGGACACAGUCGAUAACAAUUUUAUGCAAACAUUUCGACUGGACUUCUGCCUGGAAAGGUUUAAACUGUGGUACACUGUAAAGAGACUCUCAUCAAGGUCACAAAUUCACUGACUUAUAACGACUUCCUUACAUAAAAUACAUUCAGGCUUAGAGACUUUGCUUCUGCACUUGCCCUAACACAAUAUUACAAGACAUGUAGGCUUGGGGAAAACUUUUGUGAUGAAACAUUUCUUCAGAUUCGUGAUACAAUCAUGUCCAUUGCAGUUUUCUCUCUUCCAUGAAUACUCUAACCAUUGCAAAUGCAUAAAGUCCCCUCUGUAUCUUAAAGUGGCUAUAGUAUUGCUGUUACGUGUGCAACUUUUUACCAGGAUAAAAAUGUUUUCAGGUCAAACUUUAAACUUCAAAACAAAAAGGUAGAAAUUUAUUAUUUAAGAGACUGAUCCAGUGUUUUUGGGGUACAGAAGUCAGUUUCUGGGACAUAGCUGAUGGCCUUUAAGUGGGUGCUGUGGAUGAAAGGUAACUACUUAUGUAAUGUUACAAUAUAAGCAUAUAUCCAUUUUAUAACAUUUGUGUGAUUGAGUACAAUGCAACAUAAAAAAUGUCAUGAAUUCCGCUAUAUAACACAGAAAAUUAAUUUUCAGUUUUUGUUGACAUUGUCUGAAAGAUGACCGUUCUGCUUGAAUUAGUUUAUUAGUUGUAAUAUUUUGGCCACCCUAGAAACAUGAGCUGGACAGAAUUAUUAGGAAACAACUUAGACAGACUUUGAACAUAAGAAUAAAGUCAAAUCAUCACCUUUCAGACAACUUUGAAACGGGUUGACUGUUAAGUUGGCUGUACUGGUGUUCCUAAAAUAUUUGAGAAGCUGUUUGCAGCCAAUUUAAUUUAUUAAGUACCAGAUUAAUCACACUGACAUUUAUGCAAUAAUGAAUUAAGUUAUGUUGGUAUCUAAAAUUGCCAUUGGGCAGCAAUCUGAACAAGCCCUUACCACCAGAAUAUAGUCAUUUGAAGUAUGUUUUAACACAAAUGUUCUUUCUAAUUUCAGCUGCACAAUUUCUUUCCCAGAAAAUAUUACAGCAAACUAUCGUAUUCCAAAGUGUUAAUCUCUCUGGUUCCUUCACCCUCUGCAGUCUUGUGUCUCAGUCAGUAUUGUAAAUAACAUGCAGGUGUACAGAAGCUUCCCGGUGGGUGUUGCUCCCUGACAGCAUGCUAAUAUAUUCAGACUGUACACACACACCUGGAAACACCAAAUAAUGACACAGAUGUGGCAAAAUGUUUUCUAAAAUCUGACGUCAUCUGUACUCUCGUGCUGGAAACACCUGUAAACCUGCUGCUAGAUUCAGAUACCGUUUGAUAUACCAACAAGAUCUUAUAAUGAUGGCUGUGCAUUGGGUGGAAGGAGUUCUCUGGAAGUCUGUACAAUGUCUUAAUAUCUGCUUAACUGUGUUGCUGUAACAGUAGUAAUAGGUGGAGAAGAAUAUAAAGACAAUGAAUAUUUUCCGUAGCUGUACCAUCAUUCUAUCAUGUGUGCCCGAAGACAUGGAUGGAAUUAAAGUUAAUCUAUGUUGAGGGGCUGUUUAUUUAUAAAAAAAAAAAAAGUAAAUAAAAAAACACACCCGUACUGUAGUCCCAAAGCAUGUAUUGAAUAAAACCCAAGUAGCCUCUGAAUGCAACCUUUUAAGUCCCAACAACCUCUUAAAGAUCUCAAGUUGAUAGACUACUGAAAUCUGCCUUUUUACUAUCAAACGCUCAGUUUAAGUUUGUAGAAACUAAUUUGAUUGAGAUUGUCCACAGCAGUGUAUCUAAAAGCUUGACACAUCCUAGAAACCAUUAUGAGAAUAUUUCAGUGAAAAAUCUGUGAAAUCAGCAGUUUGUUCUUCAUUUAAACAGUAUUGUCAAGAUUUGGACGCUUAGUUGGCAAAACCAGCUAUCAGCGUAGUUUGAUUGAUGGAUAUUUAUCAUUCGGUAUGAUUACGUGCACUGUUUAGUUGAGCUACUGUAGCUUGACAGGAUUAUUUCCUUGUAUACUAACGCAGGAGGAGAACAGAUUUAAUGUGCAAGGUAUGUCCAACUCUGCUAUGACAGGUGGCAGAUGUGCUGCAUUUCUGCGUGCAAACAGUUCAGCAGGUGGGAAGCCGCUUCCAUGUUGAGACAGCUUUACUGUUUCUGUACAUUUCAUGUGUGCAUUAUGUUUUACCUUUUGCACAAAUGAGAUAAGCUCCAUCACUUGAGGUCAUUUUCUAUUGUAACAAACUUUUCCUGCAACUUCAGGAUCAAAGACAAUGCAGAGAACAUCCAGACCAGUUUAAGUACCAUUAAACCAGGAUUCAUGGGAUUUGUGACUACAUUAACUUGAUGUUGGUCCAACUUUCAAAAAUUAGAUUUAGUGUGUUUGAGUCAGACUAAAUGUUGACAUGGAUUUAAAGUCUGGGUUUAGUCGGAGUAACACAGCAGUAGAUUGAAUAAUUGUUGAGAAAACAAAUAGUAGUUAAUCAAUAUGAAAAUAAUUGUUUGCCAAGUCAUAAUGAUUUAAAGACUGUACACAUAACAGACCAGAGAAACACUCACUAGCCUGAUCUGAGCUCAUUUUCACAGCAGGCGGGUGAAUUUGUAACCGCAAAAAAUUUCAAGUCUGCAGCCGUAGAUUCAAAAUGUACAAACUGAGCGUUUGACAUUCAAAAGACAGAUUAAGGGUGGAGAAUCACUUCAACAGCCCCUCAAGACUCAACACGAUGAAAUGAACAGCACCAUCUGGGUCCUGGACGGUUUUCUGUAUCAGUGUUGCUGGCCUUGUUCAGGCCAGGCUGGAGACCAGUUUGUAGCUGAAUCAUGUUCAAGCGUCUCGACCCACACAUGAACGAGGCCACGAGGCUUAAUGGUGGGUGCCAUGUGUAAUAGGCAAACCAGGCGUGUGUCAUUAUAAAUGUCUUCAUCCAAUAAAAAGUGACGUGUUUCCUUAAA